GUACUUGACUAGGCGCGAUAUGCGAGGGAGCUGACAAGAAUGUAAUCGUGCGAUUUGGUGAUGCCGCGAGCCGCUGCUUUCCCCCGAUCUCUUUCCCGACGCCACGACGUCGCCUCCGCUCCCGUCGCCGUCGCUGUGCCGACGAGUAACAAGUAUAAAAUGCUGCAUAUGGUGAAGGGCCAGCGGCUGGCCUUCCUAAGGACUGUGCUGUCCAGGAGCCGCAGCGAGCUUCGACCAUGCAGACAUAAGACGAUCGCCAUCCGGCGAGAAGAUGCCUCCCUGUGGGAACGGCGCGCCCCCCUGGCCCCCCACCACGUCAGGGCCCUCACCAAGAACGGCGUCAAGGUCUACGUGCAACCGUCCAACCGGAGGGCCUACCCGAUCCAGGCCUACGUGAAUGCCGGAGCGGAGGUGACCGAGGACAUCAGCGACGUUCCAGUCAUCAUCGGCGUCAAGCAGGUGCCCAUCGACCAGCUACACCCGAACAAGACGUACGCCUUCUUCUCGCACACCAUCAAGGCGCAGGAGGCCAACAUGCCCAUGCUGGACGCCAUCUUGGAGCGCAACAUCCGCCUUAUCGACUACGAGCGCAUGUGCGACGAGAACGGGGCCCGCGUCGUGGCCUUCGGCAAGUACGCCGGCAAGGCGGGCAUGAUCAACAUCCUCCACGGGCUGGGACUCCGGCUGCUCGCUCUCGGACAUCACACUCCGUUCAUGCACAUCGGUCCGGCGCACAACUACCGCAACAGUGGCAUGGCCAAGCAGGCAGUCCGGGACGCAGGCUACGAGAUCGCCUUGGGCAUGAUGCCCCGCUCCAUCGGACCCCUCACCUUCGUCUUCACAGGCACUGGGAACGUUUCACAGGGUGCUCAAGAUGUCUUUGAAGACCUGCCUUGUGAAUGGGUGGACCCCAAGGACCUUCCUGAAGUGGCUGAGCAGGGCUCCAUCAACAAAGUUUACGGAGCUGUGGUGAGCAGAGAUGACCAUUACCGCAGGAUCGAGGACGACCACUUCGAUCCGGAGGAGUGCGACCAGUUCCCCGAGAGAUACUAUUCCACUUUCUCCAAAGACAUAGCACCGUACGCCUCGGUGAUUGUGAAUGGCAUCUACUGGGCGGUCAAUUCCCCCAAGCUGCUCACCAUUCCGGAUGCCAAGCGCCUGCUCCAACCCACCAACACCCCCUGGCUGCCCAGCAGUGUCGGGUCGCCGUCUCUUCCACACCGCCUGCUGGCCAUCUGCGACAUCAGUGCAGACCCCGGUGGAUCCAUCGAGUUCAUGAAUGAAUGCACCACCAUCGACGCACCCUUCUGUCUCUACGAUGCCGACCAGCACAAGAACAGCGAAAGCUUUGCAGGCCCGGGAGUGCUGGUGUGCUCCAUCGACAACAUGCCAACGCAGCUGCCGCUGGAGGCCACGGAUUAUUUUGGGAAACUGCUCAUGCCGUACAUCUACGACAUUAUUGGAUCGGAUGCUACCAAGCCCAUGUCUGAGCACAAGAUGUCGCCAGUCGUCGAGGGGGCAACCAUCGCCAGCAACGGAACACUCACGCCUAGCUACGAGUAUAUAGAAGAUCUCAGGCACACAUCGAGGUCCAUGAAGAAGGCCCAGAGUGUCACCGCUGCCAAAAUGAAGAAAGUGCUGGUGCUGGGUGCUGGUUAUGUCUCUGCACCGUUGGUGGAGUACCUCACAAGGGACGAUUCCGUGCAUGUUGUCAUAGGAUCGGCUUUGCAGAAGGAAGGGGAGGCCCUGGCCACCAAGACACCCAACACGGAUUCAGUGGUGGUCGACGUCACCAAGACUUCCGAUGCCAUACAGAACCUUGUCAAGGAGUCGGACCUGGUGGUCAGCCUGCUGCCCUACUCCCUGCACCCCACCAUCGCCCACCAGUGCAUCAGGCACGGAACCAACAUGGUCACGGCGAGCUACUGCACCCCUGAAAUGAGGGAGCUUCACAAUGCGGCUGCAGAGGCAAACAUUACCGUCCUGAAUGAAGUUGGGCUCGAUCCGGGUAUCGACCAUCUCCUGGCCAUGGAAUGCUUCGACGAAGUCCGGCGGAAGGGUGGAAAGAUAGUGUCGUACGUGUCUUAUUGCGGUGGCCUCCCAGCCCCAGAGCACGCAGAUAAUGCACUCAGGUACAAGUUCAGCUGGAGUCCAAAGAGCUCCAUCAUCAACAGCAUGGGAUGGGCAAAGUACCUCGAAAAUGGCAAGGAGCAAGAGAUUGUGGCAGGGGGUGGACUCUUGGACAGUGCCCACGAGGUGGACUUCCUCCCGGGCUUCAACCUGGAGGGCUACCCCAACAGGGACUCCCUCAGCUACAAGUCUACCUACGGGAUCAAUUAUGCGCACACGGUGCUUCGAGGGACUCUGCGAUACAAGGGCUUCUCCAGCUCUAUGAAGGGCCUGCAGAUGCUGGGGCUCCUGAGCGACGAUCCCCACCCGAGCCUGCACCCCAGGGGACCUGACAUCACCUGGCGCCAGUUCAUGAGUGCCCUGCUGGGUCAGCAAGACAACCUGCUUACCUCCAACAUUAGGAAUCUCAUCUUCGAGAGGGUGGACAAGUGCGAGCUUAGGACCAGGGCUGUUGAAGACCUCGGACUUCUGGAAGACAUUCCCGUGGAGAAAAAGAGCACCCCCCUGGAUACCCUGGUCUUCCACCUGUCCAACAAACUCGCUUAUGAGCCGGGCGAGAGGGACUUGGUCAUAAUGAGGCACGAGAUCGGGAUCCAGUGGCACGACGAGAAGAAGGAGACCCGCCAAAUCAACAUGGUGACCUACGGUGACCCCAACGGCUACUCGGCCAUGGCAAAGACUGUCGGCUACCCCGCGGCCAUUGCUGCCAAGAUGAUCUUGCAAGGCGAGAUCCAAGCCAAGGGGAUGGUGCUUCCAUUUGCCCAAGAAAUCUACGCCCCAAUGCUGCAGCGGCUCAAGAACGAGGGCAUCAAGUAUUCGGAGAAAACAACCAAGCACUCCAAUUAGGAGCAUCCACUGAAGCACAGCUACGUCUUCGAACACAUUCGAACGGCCAAAUGUCUUCAAACAGCUGAAUGUCUCUGAACGGCUGAACUUGCAGCCAAAUGUCUCCAAACAGCCAUGCGGUGAAGGGGUGGCAUAACCAGCGUCCAAAGUGUACAGUGCCGGCGCGAGGACAGUAUUACGACGCUGAGGUUGGCGUUUCUACAGCGUUCUAGUUGUUGUGUACAUAAGUGUCGCAGACGGCCUGUAACAAGAAAUUCUUUUGUUUCAGAAUAAGAAUGGUUUGCUAGAAGGA